AGAUAGGGAACACAAUCUAUGUUAAGAUCCUAAAAUUGUAUUAAAUUAAAAUAAACAUUACUGUUAUAAACAGAAGAUAUAAAUAAAUACAGUUCAUAUAAAUAAAUAUAUAUCAUUAUGACCUCUUUAUUUAAUGCUUUUUGAUUAAAACAACCAACCAUAUGAGAUUGUGUUCCUUAUCUCUACAUUCCAUAGUUUUGGUAACGAAUCGUAUGCAAUGCAUAACAUAUAACCUAAAAUAACUUGAAUAAAAUAAAAUGUCUAUAACAAUUAUGAAUUCAUUGGGUUUAUUAAGAACAAUUAGUACAAAAGUAUUUCAAACAUGUUCAAUACAACAAACAUUAUUCAAUCAAACAAGUAAUUCAAAUAAUAUUUUAUAUAACAUUGUUACAAGUACAAGUACAAGUUUGAUACCAAUUCGUACAAAUAUUCGUUGUCAUUUUCCUCGACCAAAUGAACGGAUGCGAAUUAAAAAACAUGGUUAUAAAAAACGGUUAACAACUCAAGCUGGAUUACGUGUUUUAUUGAGAAGAAUAUUAAAAGGACGACAUAAUAUAUCACAUUAAAUAAAAUAAAUAAGACAUUAG